AUGAGGACCUGUGAUGACCAAAAAACAGAGUGCUGGAUUAAACCAAUGCAUUUCAAUGCAUUUCACCCAAAGUCCCCUUGGCACAAACUUGAGUCAUGCUGGAGCGAUCUCAAAACUCCCGCAGCUAGAAGGCUCACAGGAUUGUCCGGUUCGAUGUACUUGCUUCUACUGUAUGUAGCUGGAGUUGUGAGUGAGCAAGGAGAGUUUGCAAAUUGUCAUGGCUUCAAGCCGACGGUGACACCGAGAGGGGGCGAUGAUACAUUUCAAGUCGAUUUGGAUGGAGUGGAGUGCAAGGUUGCAUGGAUUUCGCAUGAACGAAAUCCAGACACGCUGCAGAGCACAUUGAAAGAUAAUGAUUUUGUCCUGACAGAUAGCUUGAAGACCGUUCCUUUCGCAGCACGGAAUGGCCAAGUGAUCUUUUUAGAGAAGCUGCACCCCAUGCCUCGCAUUGGAAAUGAGGCCCUGGAUGCAAUCCUGGCUGCGAAAGAUAAUUUGCUUUCUAUUCUGCUGCCGAGAGACACUUCCUCAUCGUGGGAAGAUGAGACUACAAGUUUACUGGCACAGCAAGCAGUCGACUUGUUGCCGCAGCAUACUUUCAUUGAUGAUGGACUUGGCAGUACCCUGGAGAGAGCCUUUCGGAAGUACCGUUUUACCUUGAUUGUUGAUGAUGAACUGCACACACUUUCGCAAGCUCUGGUUCAUGCAAUUGCAUGGGGCAGCAUUCCCUUUUUCAAUGGCUUCUCCUUCAUGCUUGCCAUGCUGCCACGUGUGGUCCUGCCUUGGAAUCGAUCAAGUUUUCGACUUGAUCAGUUUCUUUCCAUUGUUCCAGAGAUCAACCAUGAGAUAGGGCCAAUAUGGCAACAACAUCGCUUGCUGAAUGAUCAGCUUUUCUAUAGAUAUGCCUAUGACUUCGACAGGGCUUUCAGGCACUUUUCGUGCACCUUGUGUUCAAGCGUAAGAGAUUCCCGCUUGGUUGAGGAGCAAGCUGAUUCCCUAUUGCUGUUCGUUGGAGUCUACUCAGCACAAGACAACUUUGCCAAGAGGGCUGUGAUUCGUCGAACCUGGGGACGUGUGUUCCAGCUCUAUGGACAUGUGAAGUUCUUUUUAGGUCGUCCAGAUGAACGCUUUGCGACCCAAGUCCGGGCAGAAAUCCAAAAGCACCAGGACAUGGUGCUUUUGGAUGUUCCGGAAGGCUACCAGUGGAACUCCAUGAAGGGCUUACGAUUUUUGGAGUGGUGCUCCAGCAACGUUUUGGCCCAGUUCUUGGUGAAGGUGGAUGACGACGUGUAUGUGCGACCACUUCCAUUGAUCUCGCUUCUGAGGCAGAGACCUCAAGUUGGGUAUGUUUGGGGCUAUUUUGAUUAUUUCAGCCCAGUUCCACGAGAAGAGGGUCAUGCUUUCUACAACUCUGAAGACUUUUAUCCCUUCGAUGCUUUUCCACCCUAUGCUCGUGGCUUGCUUCGUGCUCUCUCGAUGGAUGUGGUCCACGGCUUGGCCUCACUCAGUCACGGUAUACGAGUCAUCGCAGGGGACGACCCCAGUUUCGGAGUGCAUCUACGGUAUCUCCGCGACGAGACGGGCCUUGUGGCGAGGUUAACCUUGGACGAUCGGGACUCUUAUAGGGUCUUUGCCAUGGAGCCCAGCUGCAAUCCAAGCUUAUGGUCACAUGUGACACACCGAAGUUGGGUCAUCCAUCACGUCACGCCACAGCAGAUUCAAUGUAUUUGGGAUGUGGAUGUGGAGGCUGGAAUUUAUGAAGAUCGUGAGGCUUUGCUCCAUGUAGGAGCUGCUUACCAGCACCAUGCAGAAGUGGAUGCAAAGUUUGCAACGAAUCCGGACUUGCAAGAGCUGUCUCCACUUGUCUCUCUUCAAGAGCUUUGCAGUUGCUUGGAGAACGGUCCCUAUGCUGCAGAGCUGUCGCAGAGAAAAGACAAGAUCAACGCAUCAAGGACUUUUAUGAUGUGGGGACACCCAAGUCUUCUCGACCAAGAGGAUGAGCCUUGA